UUUGGAAGCGUGUGGAUAGUUAAAGCAGCUACAGGAAGGCAAGGACCUCCAGUUUAGUUUAUCCCAUUCUUCUGAGGACAAGGCACGCUCGUUUUCAGCACAAUGUCAGACAGAAGCCCAUUUGAAACGGAUAUGUUAACCCUUACUCGAUUUGUCAUGGAAAGGGGAAGAGAAGCCAAGGGUACCGGGGAAUUCACACAACUACUCAAUUCCAUGCUGACUGCUAUAAAAGCCAUUUCUUCUGCCGUGAGAAAAGCUGGCAUUGCUCACAUGUUUGGUAUUGCUGGAAGUGUGAAUGUAACUGGAGAUGAAGUGAAGAAAUUGGAUGUGCUGUCUAAUGAUCUUGUGAUUAAUAUGCUAAAAUCCUCAUUUUCCACGUGUGCUCUGGUUUCUGAGGAAAACAAGGAAAUCGUCAUUAUACCAAAAGAUAUGAGGGGUAAAUACGUCGUGUGUUUUGAUCCUCUUGAUGGUUCUUCCAACAUAGACUGCUUAGCAUCGAUUGGAACAAUCUUUGCCAUUUACAAAAAGACAACAGAAACUGAACCCUGUGAGCAAGAUGUUCUCCAGCCUGGGCGAAACAUUGUAGCAGCAGGCUAUGCUCUAUAUGGAAGUGCUACACUUGUGGCGCUCUCUACUGGCCAGGGAGUGGACUGCUUCAUGUUAGAUCCGGCACUGGGAGAAUUUGUUUUGGUUGACAGAAAUGUGAAAAUAAAGAAGAAAGGAAAGAUUUACAGUCUGAAUGAAGGAUAUGCAAAAUACUUUGACCCCGCAAUAACAGAGUACCUACAAAACAAAAAGUUUCCUCCAGAUGGCAGCGCUCCGUACAGCUCCAGGUAUGUUGGUUCAAUGGUCGCUGACGUUCACAGAACUCUUGUAUACGGUGGAAUUUUCAUGUAUCCAGCUAAUGAGAAGAGUCCUAAAGGAAAGCUACGCCUGUUGUAUGAGUGUAAUCCAAUGGCCUUUAUUAUUGAGCAAGCAGGUGGAAUGGCAACCACUGGAAGUCAGCCAGUGCUCGACGUUCAGCCAGAAACUAUCCAUCAGAGGGUGCCACUGAUUCUUGGCUCUCCAGAAGAUGUUCAAGAGUACUUGGCUUGUGUGAAGAAACACCAGAAGAGCAGCUAAUUGUGUUUAACUUUUGUUUUUCAUUCAUGUACCUGUGUUUCUUAUGCAUAAAAGACGUUCUGAACAUC